AUGGAUAGAGCAGCUCCAGAAAUACCUGGUAUCAUCCAACCAGGAAAUGUUACACAGGAUUUGAAAAUGAUGGUUAGUAAACUGUUGAAUUCACCUAAACCAUUAAAGACCUUUCCAGGUUCCAAUCCUGUUUCAUUUCAGCAUGCUGAUAUAGAAGAGAAGCUUUUAUCUCAUGAUUACUAUGUUUGUGAAAAGACUGAUGGUUUACGUGUAUUGAUGUUAAUACUUAUAAAUCCAGUGACGAAAGAGCAAGGAUGUUUUAUGAUUGACAGAGAGAAUAAUUAUUAUUUAGUGAAUGGAUUUCGUUUUCCUAGAUUGCCUCAGAAGGAUAAGAAGGAAUUAUUGGAAACUAUGCAAGACGGUACUUUAGUAGAUGGUGAAUUGGUUAUUCAAACUAAUCCAGUGACAAAAAUGAAAGAACAAAGAUAUUUAAUGUUCGAUUGUUUAGCCAUAAAUGGUCGUAAUAUUGUAGCAUCUCCAACAAGUUCAAGACUAGCACAUUUAGGUAAAGAAUUCUAUAAGCCAUAUUUUGAUUUAAGAUCUGUUUAUCCUGACCGCUGUGAAACAUUCCCUUUUAAAAUUUCAAUGAAACAAAUGAAUUUUAGUUAUGAUUUAGUAAAAGUUGCAAAGACCCUAGAUAAAUUACCACAUCUAUCUGAUGGGCUAAUUUUCACUCCUGUGAAGACUCCUUAUUUUGUCGGUGGUAAAGAUUCCUAUUUAUUAAAAUGGAAGCCAGAAGAAGAAAACUCUGUUGAUUUCAAACUAAUAUUAAAUAUACCAGUGGUGGAAGAUACCUCUUUGACUAAAAAGGAUCCAAAUAGAUGGUAUUAUAACUAUGAUGUAAAACCAAUUUUUGAAUUAUAUAUUUGGCAAGGUGGUUCAGACGUAAAUACAAGACUUCAAAAUUUUGAUAAACCCUUUGACAAAAAAGAAUACGAAUUAUUGGAAAGAACAUACAAAAGAUUUGCUGAAUUAGAGAUAGAUGAUGCAAAAUGGCAAGAACUGAAAAAUUUAGAAGAGCCACUUAAUGGUAGAAUUGUGGAGUGUACAAAAGAUAAAGAAACUGGUGCCUGGACAAUGUUAAGAUUUAGAGACGAUAAAUUAAAUGGUAACCAUACCUCUGUUGUACAAAACGUUCUAGAAAGUAUUGGUGCGUCUGUAAAAUUGGAAGAUUUAGGUGAUGUGGUUGCUGAAAUGAAAGCUAGAUGGAAGCAAAGAUCUGGUGGACAAAAUGGACCAGCGUCAUAUCCUCAACAACAUCAAACUCAACAUCAAACUCAACAUCAAACUCAACAUCAAACUCAACAUCAUGUUCAACAUAAUGCUCAACAUCAAGUUCAAGAACGUAAUGAAGGAGAAAAUUCCACUCAACCAAAAUAUGUUGAUGAAGAUGAUUGGUCAGAUUAA